CCCCGCGCCGCAGGAUCCGCGCCGCGCAAGGACGCGCUCCGCCGAGUUGCCAGGCGCGAUUACGUUGUUUUUUUCCCCCCACCCACCCCUUGAACUUGUUGCUCGGCGCUCGGCGGCGGCGGAGGGGGGUGGGGGUUGGGGAAAGCCUUAUUAUCGAUGUCCCUUUGGAUGAGAUCAAGCUUUCUCAGGAGCAACUACUUGCCCGCCGUUCCCGGCGGGGCACGGAGAUCUAGCGGUAGAGCCCGUAUUUCUAAAAAGUCUCUAUGCAACUGAGCGCUCUCGCCACACUUUCCCAGUGGCCAUACCAGAAGUGUCUUUAGACUGACUCGCUCAGCUGUAGUAGCUGUUCAGGACCAUGGCAGCAGGAGUGGCAGCAUGGUUACCCUUCGCCAGGGCGGCCGCCAUAGGAUGGAUGCCAGUAGCCACAGGUCCCAUGCCAGCUGCACCACGGCAGGAGAGGAAGCGAAGCCAGGACUCUCUGAUUGUGCUGAAUGUGAGUGGUAUACAGUUCCAGACGUGGCUGGACACUUUAGAGCGCUACCCAGACACUCUGCUGGGCAGUUCAGAGCGGGACUUCUUCUAUCACCCUGAGACCCAGCAGUACUUUUUUGAUCGGGACCCUGACAUUUUUCGCCACAUUCUCAACUUCUACCGAACAGGGAAGCUUCAUUACCCCCGCCAAGAGUGCAUCUCUGCCUAUGAUGAGGAGCUGGCCUUCUUUGGCAUCAUCCCUGAGAUCAUUGGCGACUGCUGUUAUGAGGAGUACAAGGAUCGCCGUCGUGAGAAUGCUGAGCGCCUGCAGGAUGACGCUGAUCAGGAUCAUGUAGCCGAGAGCUCCCUACCCUCAAUGACAGCUCGGCAGAGGAUGUGGCGGGCCUUUGAAAACCCCCACACCAGUACACUGGCUCUGGUCUUCUACUAUGUCACUGGUUUCUUCAUUGCAGUCUCUGUUAUUGCCAAUGUGGUGGAAACAGUACCCUGUGGGGUAAGCCCGGGCCGCAUCAAGGAACUGCCCUGUGGAGAACGCUACGCUGUGGCUUUCUUCUGUCUGGAUACUGCUUGUGUCAUGAUCUUCACGGUUGAAUAUCUGUUACGCUUGCUGGCAGCCCCUAGUCGUUACAAGUUUGUGCGCAGUGUCAUGAGUAUCAUUGAUGUGGUUGCCAUCAUGCCGUAUUACAUUGGCCUGGUGAUGACGGAUAACGAGGAUGUCAGUGGGGCUUUUGUGACACUGCGAGUCUUUCGUGUCUUCAGGAUCUUUAAGUUUUCCCGCCACUCACAGGGACUGCGCAUCCUGGGUUACACUCUGAAAAGUUGUGCCUCGGAGUUAGGCUUUCUUCUCUUCUCCCUCACCAUGGCCAUCAUCAUCUUCGCCACAGUCAUGUACUAUGCAGAGAAAGGUUCAUCAGCCAGCAAGUUCACCAGCAUCCCUGCUGCCUUCUGGUACACCAUUGUCACCAUGACAACCCUGGGGUAUGGUGACAUGGUGCCGAAGACAAUAGCUGGCAAGAUUUUUGGUUCAAUAUGCUCCCUGAGUGGGGUCUUGGUCAUUGCUUUGCCGGUUCCUGUAAUUGUCUCCAACUUCAGCCGUAUCUACCACCAGAACCAACGAGCAGACAAGCGCAGGGCACAAAAGAAAGCCAGACUUGCCCGAAUCCGUGCAGCAAAGAGUGGGAGUGCUAAUGCCUACAUGCAGAGCAAGCGAAAUGGCUUACUGAGCAACCAGUUGCAGCAGUCCUCCAGUGAAGAAGAACAGGCCUUUGUUAGCAAAUCUGGCUCUUCCUUUGAAACACAGCACCACCACCUGCUUCACUGCCUGGAAAAAACCACGAAUCAUGAGUUUGUGGAUGAGCAAGUCUAUGAAGAGAGCUGCAUGGAGGUUGCCACAGUCAAUAGACCCCCAAGCCACAGCCCCUCUCUCUCCUCUCAACAAGGCGUUACCAGCACCUGCUGCUCACGAAGACAUAAAAAGACUUACCGCAUCCCAAACACCACCCUCACUGGUAGCCGUCAAGGCAGCGUACAAGAGCUCAGCACCAUCCAGAUCCGAUGCAUGGAGAGAACACCUCUGUCCAACAGCCGAUCCAGCUUAAACGCCAAAGUGGAGGAGUGCGUUAAACUAAACUGUGAGCAACCUUACGUCACUACAGCAAUAAUUAGCAUCCCGACACCUCCGGUUACCACACCUGAAGGAGAUGAUAGGCCAGAGUCUCCUGAGUACUCAGGAGGAAACAUUGUCAGAGUAUCUGCUUUAUAAAAUAAGGAAUUAUUUGUAAAUCAGGAAAAAAAAAGAAAAAAAAAAGAAAACAAAAAGACCAUUGCAAGUUGAGCUCUAGCAGUGAGCAAGGAGUUUGGAAGAAGGAAAGAGCUGUCAACGACAAGGCCCCCUCGACGUGUGCACCAGCAGCCACCCAUCGAGAGGUGUAGGAGGAAAACACUUUGGUUUUCAGUGUUGUAGUGCGUUAACCCGAAUGGAGUUUCUACACCCUGUUUGAACAGAUGAUGCAGUGGAAGCUUCUGUGACCGUUCUGACUUACUAUAUGAGCACAAUGAAAUGUCCCCAUUGAUGCUUCUUCUUAUCAUGAGAGCUCUUUUUAGAAAAAAAAAAAAAAAAAGAAAAAACACACACAACAUAAAAAAAUAGAAACAAAUCUGUGUUCCUGCUGAAUGCAAAACAAGAAACAUUUUGAUAACAUUUUUUUUUUUCUGGUUAAAAACUGCAAACUUGUUGAGAAACUAUGAAAAAAAAGAAAGAAAAAUGCUCAUAUGAAAGAAGUUUGUACUGACUGAAAGAAAUACAACCAUAAUGCAUGCUGAAAUUAUUUGGAGCUGUGAUCUCAGUUUAUUUAUGUUGUUUUUCAGAUUAGGCAUGAUAAAAUAUUACUGUAGAAAGGGGCAUUUCUGUGCACUUACAACAUGCUGAUUGUUAAUGUUCCAUGGUAGUUGUACAAAUAACUUCCCUUUGAAAAAUGCAGUAUUUCUUACUCAAACACUCAUUAGUGAACUGAAGGUGUUCAGUUAGUUCAAUAUUUAUUAUUGUUUUAUCUUGCUUCCUAGGUACUGUUACAACUGCAAUAAGUCAUUGUACACCUGUUGUAUCAGGAAUCAGGAUUUUUUCUUUUAAAUAGAUAAUUUACACAAGUUCAUCUGCACUAUAAACUUAUACUGGCAAACAUUUAAAUAAUCUUAUAGCCAAACUGUGCACCACAAAUGUACUAUUCAGUCAUGUUCUUUUUGUCCACUGUCCUCUACUUCCAUGACAGUACCCUGUCCAUUCCAACAUUGCUGCACUGUUUGGGAUUUCAAGGUCACUGAUGAAUCAACACAGUCCAUCAUUCUCUAAACAUGUUGCCUACUUUUGUACUUUCAGAACAGGCCUCUUGCCCUUGUGUACUGUAACUAUACUAUUUGAAUUAAACUUCUUUUUUUUUCUUUCCCCCCACCUCCUUUGUCAUUAACCAGCACUUAUCUCCAGGCUUGCUUUGAUUACAUAUUGCAGCAUAUUGGCUAUGUUGGAAAACACUGAAAAACAAUUGCUAAAUUCUUCUUGUAAGUAGCAGUAAAUUCACAUCCUAAAACGUGAGAAUCUGUAUUAAGAUACUUUCUUACCUAAUAAGACUAAUAAUAUAGUGGUUUGGGUCCAAAAGCUACAAGGGUAUAACUGAGUUAAAUUGCAAUUUGCCUAAAAGACCAAGCCUAAAAACAGUAAAAAGGCUCUACACA